UUAAACAGGAUAACUGAACAGCGUCUCACAGCUGCUCCAUCAUGGUGUAUGGACAGAUCUUUCAUCAGCGCAGCUCUGAUGACUGCUUUAUUAACGUCAACGUUGGAGGUUUCAAGCAACGAAUGGAGCACACCGUUCUGAGACGAUUCCCACAGACACGUCUUGGCCGUCUUCUAUGUUGCAGCUCUAAGGAAGCGAUCCUGGAGCUCUGUGAUGACUUCAGUCCCUCUGAUAUGGAGUACUAUUUUGAUCGGAAUCCUCGUUUUUUCUGUUAUGUUCUCAACUUUUACUUUACAGGUAAAAUCCACCUUGCAGACGGAUUAUGUGUAGUUUCAUUCUUACAAGAGAUUGAGUACUGGGGAAUCAAAGAGCGUCAUCUGGAUUUAUGCUGCAGCGACAAAUUCUGUGAACUGAUGGAGCUGGCUGAGGAUAAGUGCUGUGAUCAGAGGAGUGAUGAAGUGCAGCUCAGCUCGGUCUCGUCUAUUGAGGAGCUGUCAGCUUUGGAGGAGAACAUAGAAAUGUUUGAAGGUUCCUGGUGUGCAGAUGUCCGCAGGAAUAUUUGGAUUCGACUUGAGAAUCCAGGUUACUCCACUUCAGCCAAAGCAAUGGCUAUAGCCUCCCUCAGUGUGGUUCUUGUCUCCAUUGUAGCCAUGUGUAUUCACAGCAUGUCAGACUUCCAUCAGGUGGACGUCAAUGAAAAAAAGAUCGAAAAUCCAGUGUUGACCUUCCUUGAGAACCUCUGUGUCCUGUUCUUCUCUGCAGAGUUCAUUCUCCGUUUGGCUGCUGCACCGUCAGCAAAGAAGUUCUUGUGCAGCCCUCUCAAUAUUAUUGAUUUAAUGUCAGUUAUGCCUUUUUAUGUCACUAUAUUCUAUGACAUAAUGGAUGAGGGUGAAAGCACAGAGCUGGAGAAUGUAGGUAAAGUGGUUCAGAUCUUGCGGUUGAUGCGAGUGUUUCGCAUCCUAAAACUUGCUCGCCAUUCUGCUGGCCUUCGCUCUCUCGGUGCCACACUGCGACAUAGCUCUCAUGAGGUUGGGCAGCUAGUACUUUUCUUGUCUGUGGGGAUUUCCAUGUUCUCUGCUCUUAUUUACUUUGUAGAAAAAGAAUCUCAAGAGUCAGGGUUACAGACGAUCCCUAUUGCCUGGUGGUGGGCCACGAUUAGCAUGACUACAGUGGGCUACGGGGACACCUUCCCUGUUACAUUUGGUGGGAAGCUGAUAGCAACCCUGUGCAUCAUCAGUGGACUGCUGAUUGUAGCUCUGCCCAUUACUAACAUCUUCAACAAGUUCUCCAAGUUCUACGCCAGGCAAAGAUACAUAGAUCUCAGACGAAGCAAAAGCUGAACCUUCUCAAGCAAGUGUCCCAAAAAGUCUUGCAGUAUGCAAUACUGAAUUUGUAAGUCCACAAACUCAUUCAUCACUUAUAACUCAGGAGAAGGUGUAUUAACAGACACAUGAACUUCAAGUGGCAAUGGACAACUUUCCCC